AUGUGGCUGCUAUUGGUAGCCCUGGGCCUGACCCAGGGACUGGAUGAUGCCAUCCCAUGCAUGGGAGCCAGCAACAACAACCCCGAGCAGUUCAUGAACAUCAGCCAGAUGAUCCGUUUCCAUGGGUAUCGCAGUGAGGAGCACCAAGUCCUGACAGAUGAUGGGUAUUUCCUUACAGUGAACCAGAUUCCUGGUGGCAGAGAGGAGGCUGAAAGCAGAGGACUCAGGGUACCUGUGUUGCUCCAGCAUGGCUUGGAUUUAGAUGGUAGCAAUUGGGUUUCCAAUUUCCCCAACAGCAGCCAGGGCUUCAUCCUUGCAGAUGCAGGGUACGAUGUCUGGAUAGGAGACAGCCGGGGCAACUCCUGGUCCUGCCGGCACCUGAACCUUUCUGUUGACCAAGAGGAGUUUUGGGAUUUCAGCUUCCAUGAAAUGGCCAUGUAUGACCUCCCCGCCAUGGUGGGCUUCAUCCUAAGGCAAACCGGGCAGGAGAAACUGUUCUAUGUCGGCCACACUCAGGGCAGCAUUCUGGGACCUCUGUAGUCUUCUGUGGGUUUUUUGCAGGUUUCAUAGCCGCAACUGGCUGAGAAAAUCAAAACGUUCUUUGUGGUGGGUCCUGCCUACACUUUACGUACGGGUAAAGGUCCAGUAUUAAGUCUUUUCUAUCUUCCCGAUACAAUAAUUAAGGUAAUUUUUGGGAGGAAAGAAGCAGCUCUGCUGAGACGGCAGCAGAGAGCAGGUCUGUCCAGGGCAUGCAGCUGCAGGCUGCUCAACAGGCUCUGUGCAGAUGGGCUUUUCCUCAUCGGUGGAUUUAACAAGAAGAAUUUGAACGCGAGCAGAACAGACGUGUACAUAUCGCAUUUCCCGGAUUUCACAUCCACCAAAAAUUUCCUCCACUGGGGCCAGACUGCCAAAACUGGGGAGUUCAAGCAGUUUGACUAUGGGGAGAAGAACCAGGAGAAGUACAACCAGACUUCGCCGCCCUUUUAUAGGAUAGAAGACAUGAUGGUGCCAACUGCUUUGUGGAGUGGUGGGCAGGACUGGUUUACCUCUACUUCAGAGACCCAGCGCCUGCUCGCCCGCAUCACCAACCUCAUUCAUCAUGAGCACUUCCCUGACUGGAACCACUGGGAUCACAUCUGGGGCCUGGAUGCCCCUCAGCGCAUGUACAGGCAGAUGGUCGCUCUGAUGGAGCAAAAUCCAUGA